UUUCCUUUUUUCUCUCUCUCCUCAAAUCGCUCUGCUUUGGGAAAAACUUUUCAUGGACCUGGAAGGAGUGGUUGGAAGGUUUGCCGGCAUGGUUGUGGCGUCUCUGAUCAGGGAAGAUAACUUCCCAUUAUAUGAUGUUAUGAUUCAUGAUUAUAAAGAAGAUCUCAAAAACUACCCAGCGAAUACUCAAACGGAUGUUAUUAAUGAUUGCAUCCUGAAGUUGUGCCGGGCUCUUGUUCACUCAACAGGCAAAGAAAAUGUCAAGGAAGGAAUACAAAAGCUUGAAGACGGUUAUAGGGGCGUACUGGGUGUACUUAGCCCACUUCAAAAGAGGGAAAUGCUUUAUCUUCUCGCAGUUGCAUAUUACAGAGAUGGUGACUAUUCAAGGAGCUUAUCUUACUUGAAUCAGUGUUUGGAGGUUGCACCACACUUCAACCAAGCUUUGACCCUGAAGAAAAAAUUCGGAUCGGUUCUCUGGUUUCUCAUUGGGGGACCUCACCAAUAUUAUCUUGAUAUGAUUCUUGAUUGUGAGAGAGAUAUCGCAGAGGCCGGAGAUGAUGCUCCAGAUGAGGUUAAGAAUGAAAACAUCAUCAAGUUGUCCUGGGCUCUUGUUCACACAAGACAACCAGAAGAUGUCCAGCGAGGAAUAGCUUUGCUCGAUGCCUCUCUUGAGACAGGUGGACUGAGGGAACUUACGAGAAGUCGACCGAGCCAACUUCAGAUCAGGGAUAUGCUUUAUAUUCGCUCACUUGGACAUUACAUAAAUCGUGACUUUAUGAAGAGCAUGAACGACGUGUGUCAAUGUUUGGUGGAUGCACCGGGAUUCUGGCAAGGUUGGUACCUGAGGCGAACAUUAUUAAAUCGGACCGAAACAGACGGAUUACUCGGCGCUCUCUUUUUUUAUGCUGCCAGUGCAGCUGUGCCGGCUAUUAUGAAAGCAAGAUCGCUUCGUAAGACAUGAUAUGGUGCAGACCCAUUCUGUGGCAUGUAAGAAAUGAUACAGCUCAAGACCACUUUAUGUCUUUAUUUUUUCUGCAUGAUAAUCUCCCCUCCCCACUCUUAUCACCUAGGUCAUCGGCUCAUCCAUUAAACAUUUGUGAUUAUUUUUCUUUGCCAGCUUUGAUGGAGAUUGUGUAGAAGGCCCUGUAAACUUUGUUAAUACUAUUGGAAGUAUAAUUAGAUUGUUAUAACUUACAAUGCAGUGUUAGUUUUCCUGUC